CUUCUCUUUGCAUGACAUCCUCUGUAUGUUGUGACAUUGGUAUUUAAAGCUUGAGCGCUGGCUCACUCAUUAAGGACUCAAGACAAAAGGGACAAAAUAGGCUUAUCUCUGCAGUUAUUUUCUGAUUUUUCAAAUGCAACCUACUUAAGGGCAUAAAAACAAUUCAGUUGACCAAAGUCAUGUGAAAACUCAAAAUAUUGUGUUCAUAUGUAAAGAACCUCCCAGUGUAAACUGAUGGCAUAACCUUUUAAAAGUGCCAACUUUAUAUAUAUGCAGUUUCCUAUUUCCUCUCUAAGAAACAAUAUGGUUGUCUUAUUAUGUAUUACAAUACUGAAAUCCAUAUUAUCCACUGAAAUCUUGUUUUAACUCAGAUCACCAGCCAGCCAGGCUGGGCUAAACAGGAUAGUUUGAUUGGUCUAGAAGGAUCAAACAUGGCUGCAGAAAUCCUCUCCUGAAGCAAACACACUGAAAAGCAGCAGAGCCCAAGAAGACUAUACAUAACAAGGCGUGUCAGGAGUGUCUCAGUAUGAAUGUUUCAUGUGAUGAAUAAAGCACAGCUCAGUUACUGUAAACCACUGAAUUUGACCUGACCUGGGAGGAACAGUAUGCAGCUGUAAUUAUGAUAAACCUUUAGACACAGAUUCAAAGCAGACGACGCAGCAGUCAUCAUGAUCGAUCUGAGUUUUCUGACCGAGGAGGAGCAGGAGACCAUCCUCGCUGUGUUGAGAAGAGACGCUGAGCUGAAGACAGCUGAGGAGAAGCGUGUCCAGAGCCUACAGAGGACUGUGAAUGAUAGGGACCAGCUGAAGAACAUGACUGGAGAAUGGUUCUAUGAGACCAAGCAGCUUCGCCAUCACGACCGCAUCCACGGCGCUGACAUCAUCAGAGCGUCCAUGAGACACACACAUAAACCACUGACCAUACGGGAGCGCUCACAUAUACGGGAGGAGAAGCCCAGUUUUGUCAGCAGCAGGAAUAAAGAAGUGUUCAUCCCACCUGUACUCCGUGGGGUCCUUCAGGAGCCUCACAUAGAGCUCAGCACUGAAAGGUAUGAAUUCAAGAGGCUGUCUCAAAUACCAGAACAUGAACCCAAACUGGUUUCAGUGUCACCCAUAAAGGAAAGAAUAAAUCCAUUCAAUAGUGAAGUCAAAGCAAGUAACAUUUCAGAAGAAAAGGAUGAAGAUCAAACCCGGUUACAGGAUGAAGAGCCUUUUCCAUCAUCUGACAGCUGCACAUCUCCUAUUCAUGACCUUCAACAGGACCCCGAUGAUAGCCAGGUUACCCACUUAUCAUUUACGGUUCCACCGAGUGAACACAGAGCAGACAGCCCCUCUUCUGAGGAAAGUUUUGUGGAGAUAGAUGGCGGAGUUGGGCAAAUGACCUCUGCUGCUCCACGUAGCAUCCUCAAGCACUUGUCGCCAUCUAGCUCCUCAGAUUCCUUGUUCCCUCGCUUGGACCCACAAAGUACCUUUAGCCCAGAUUCUCCCUCUGAGAGCUGGAUGGACAGGAAGCAGGUUAGGUUCAGCUCCAUGAUCGCUCGAAGUGGACUGGAUCGGCAAGAUGGAAAGGAGCUGGGGGAGCACGGUCUGCUGGAUGUGGAUUUCACCGCUCCUGCCGAGGACCAAUGUAACAUCAAAGACAGCACAGAUUCAGACACACACAGACUGAGUGACAAAAGUCACAUUGAUUCUGAGGAGGAAGAACUUACUGGCAAAAAUGAGUCAUCCAUUAUCCAAGUGCAAACAGCUGCUCAACAUGAUGUCCUAGGUGAUGGCUCUGGGAAUUAUUAUCUGGAACUGCUCUGCUCUGCUGAGUGUGACCCUCCUCUUGCCAAGCUCGAGUCAGGUAAGCCUGUUCACUCAGAGAUAGUACCUCAAGAGGACCUGGACUUUCAGGCUACAACGACAGACUGGCCUGAUGUUACUGUUGAGUCCAGCUCAGACUCCAUGUCCCCGGAGCCUGAACAAACACUUCUCAGAGAAGAAGAGGAAGGUGCUGAAGAGCAGACUCCACUGAAAGAAGAGGUGGAGAUAUCUCAGGAGGAGGAAACAGACAGUAACCAUAUCAUCUUCCAAAGUGCUCCAGAUACCAUCGAGGACAAAUGUGUAGAACAGCAGACUGAACUCUCUAAGCUGACAGAGGUCAAAACACUCCAACUUACUACGAUGCAGAACACUCCCUUCAAAGAAACACUUAUCUCAGUGGAAACUGAUCCAGAGAGUCCAUCCAAUCUGAAAGCUUCCGGGGAGAUGGAAAACAUGAUUUCCGCUAGUGAAGAGGCAGGGCACAAAGACAUCAUUAAGACAGAAAUGAAACCUGCCCUUUGCCGUCACACUGACUCUGAUGUGGAGAGCAGGAACAAUAAUAUCUUGCCUGAAAUUGAAACUACAGUUGAACAUACUGCUAGCACAUCCCAAAACCAGAGUUCAUCCCCACAGACUGACUGUAGCCUCUUCGUAGUUUUAUCUAAAGAAGAUGGCACAUAUAGAGCAAAUCCAGUCGUCAUCUAUGAAGAGACAGACGACAGUUCAACAGGUUCCACAAGAGAGCCAGAGACUUCUGAGAAACAGGAAAACAUCACCACGGCUGAACCUCCCUCUGUACCUUUAAACAGCCAAAAGCAGGAGGGAGAGAGUUUAGAUCCCCUUCCCAGACAGUCCAGUCCCACUCCUCAAGAGGACAGGCGAGCAAAGAUAAGUGAUCUCAAGAACUUUUGGGAAAAAGAAGUCACAAAGUCCAGGGAAAUGGCUGUAAUCGCCUCGAGCAGGUCAUUUCGUAACAAAGUGGUGUCCCCUGAGUCAGAUGUUAGAACAGUCUUAUGCAGCAGGGAGAAGUUAGAGGGAGUGGGACAAACCAAGUCUAAUACUCUCUUGAAAUCAUUAAACGUGACAGAAAAGGGUUUUGUUAGUCAGUGCAUGGACAAGACACUGCUGAGGGAUGCUGAGGAUCUACCAUCAGCAAGUCACCAAAGCAGAGUCCAGGCUGAUCCAGAGGCUCAAACCAAGCCCCUCAGUCCAAGGAGAUCGCUAAGUCCUAGAGCAAAUGACCAAGAUGAAGAAACCAGGAGAAGUCCAUCCAAGACGUGCCACCCAAGGGUCCUGCCAAAAGAAACCUCUGGUCCAAAGAGUCCAAGACCGGAAGCCUCUCCCUUAAAAACCUUUCCAAUAGACAUAGAGCCCCAAAGCAAGCAUGUUGAAGAGCAAAGGAAGCCAACACCAGUGCCAAGAGAGAGGAAGAGUCCUUCCCAUGAGGCAAGGCAGACAGAAACUAAAUCUAGCUCAGACAUCAUGAUUAGCAAUGUAAAUAUUCCACAAAGUGCUUCAAACACCUCGUCUCCACAACACAAGAAGACCCCAGAAAAAAAGCUUGGGACCCUGACACGCCUUGCCAGAUCCAUCCUCCCCCAGGAUUAUCAGCAUUACCUCGGGCCACAAGAGAAGGCCUAUGUCCCCCCUUUUAGCCAAGACAGUGAUGCUUUACACAGUCCACAAAAAAACAUCAGAAACUCUUUGGAGAACCUGAGGCACAGUCCCAUAAAGGCUAGUCCUCUCAGAAAGAAAGAUGGAGGCUCCAGCCAGGACAUAACAACCAGUGCUUGGUCUCUUUCCCGACCAAGUUCAGGCAGUUGUGAUGAGACUCCUAGUACCAUCAUGACAUCUCUUAAAGAACUAUCUUCAAAGAUCAAGUCCUCAUCAAAAAGUCUGGAAAAUCUCACCUCAAAAACAAAAAAAGCGAGGAACCAUGAUAACCCAAAAGAAUCAACAAAUCAAAGUGUGGAUGAUGUUUCUUCUCUCCCAUCAUCGUCUAACUCAAAGCAGUUGAAAAGCAGUGUAUCUGUGCCUGUUCUUCAGCAGGACGAGACAGACAGUGACAGCACUUUUGAGACCAACUUGGGCUUGAGAAGAAACACGGGCAGCUCCACGUCUAACUUAAGUCUGUCCUCUGGAUUGGCCUCCAUGUCUUCUGUCAGCGGCAGCAUUGGCAGCAUUUACCCUGCAGACUUUGGUGACAUUGAAGUCCAGGGAAGCAUUCAGUUUGCUGUGAACUACAUCCAGAAGCUUGGGGAGUUUCACAUCUUCGUGGUGCACUGCAGGGAUCUGGCUGCGGCAGACACCAAGAAGAACCGCUCAGACCCGUAUGUCAAAUGUUACCUCCUUCCUGACAAGACCAAACUGGGAAAGAGAAAAACUGCUGUAAAAAAAAGAACUCUGAACCCUGACUACAAUGAAAUCCUCAGGUUUAAAAUCCCGAUGGAGGAGCUGAAGAGUCAGAUUAUAAACAUCUCGGUGUGGCAUAAUGACACUUUUGGGCGCAACAGUUUCCUGGGUGACGUGGACCUGGAUCUUUCAGAGUGGGACUUCAGCAACACACAUAUAAAUGAAUAUGCAUUAAAAGCUGGGGUGUCAUCACAAAUUACAACACAGACUCCCUCACAUCUGGCAGACAGCAGAGGACAGAUGAGAGUGGCCCUGAGAUUCCUGCCACUGACGUCCCAGAGUGAGCCGUUCAAUCUAAAGUUUAUAUCAAUGCUUUUCUUUCAGGGAAGUCACAGUUUGUGUUUGACUUUAUCCACAGGUCAGAGCAGGAUGGAAACUAGUGAGGUGCAGAUUUGGGUGAAAGACUGCAAGAAUCUUCCUCCAGUUAGAGGAGUUGUUAUCGACCCGUUUGUGAAAUGCACUGUGCUUCCUGACACGAGUCGAAAAAGCAGACAGAAGACGCGGGUUGUGAAGAGGACAGCAAACCCAAUGUUUAACCACACCAUGGUGUAUGACGGCUUCCGCCCAGAGGACCUGAGAGAGGCCUGUGUGGAGAUCACAGUGUGGGAUCACGACCGACUCAACAACCAUUACAUCGGCGGAGUGAGGCUGGGGCUAGGGACAGGGAAGAGUUACGGGGUGGAAGUGGGUUGGAUGGACUCAACGGCGGAUGAAGCGACCUUAUGGCAAAGGAUGUUACAGGCUGACGGGGAGUGGGUGGAGGAUGUUUUUCCUUUGAGAAUGUUGGUGAUGGCAAAAAGCAUGUUGAAGUGAUAUUUUACAGAAUGAGCUGGAAAAUGUUUGAAAACUUUAUGGGGGCACAGUGCAUGUACAUAUGGACGCACUUAGAAAUGUGUAAUCAGCAGCUUUAAUGAGACAUAUGUGUGUAUCUGUGUUCACAUAGUGCCUACAGUAGGUGUAGUGUAACCACAUGUUGAAUGUGUUAUGUCAAAAGUUACAUAUAUUUGAAACAUACAAUUAAAAUCUCAGCUGUAAAUGAACAGUAUUUUAUGAUCUGUAGAUAUGUUUGAUCAGAUAAUAAUAAUGAUAUAAUGUGAUCACUGUAUCAAAUCUUCAAUAAACAGGAUAUUAAUUUGACUAAUAACUUAACUUGGUGUGAUUCUUUUAUUACAUUUAACGUGUUUCCCUUGUGUGAUAGAACCAUAGACUGUAAAUAUUAGAACUCAAUACUUAAGUGCAACAGAUUUAGAUUACAAAAAAGGAUCCUUCAAAUGAGAAAAAGCACUUUAGUAAUGUCAAUAUUAUUCUCAAUAUUUAAAGAUCAUGGGAGAAACUUUUUAGAGUUUGGAGCCCCCUGUUAAAAAAAUGGUAUGUUUUUGCUGAUCUUGUCCUGUAAAU